CCUCCUCCUCAACCUCAAGUGCAAUCUACAAUUUACGAUCAAUAUUCUACAUCACACCCCUAUAAUCAAACCCCAGUAGCGCAGCUUCCUGUGGCACAACCUCUUCCUCCACCUCCACCAACAUCCGGUUCCAAUUUGAGUGGCUCGAGACCGUCCAGUGUCGGACCACAAUCGAGAACAAAAUAUCUGAUAGAUCCAUUUGUGAAAUCCACUCCGUCAUAUGGUCAGAAUACUUUCCCGUCGUCAAAUCCGUUAUACAAUUCUCAGCAAGCUCCGCCGUCAAAUCCAUUAUACAAUUCUCAGCAAGUCUCACCUGUCCCUGGCUAUCCUCAGCAAAAUUCAUAUCAACCUCAGAUCCCUGUACCGAGUAACGUAUAUCCCAGCCAACCACCAAGUUUUAUGAGUAAUCCUAAAGAGCCAGAACCAUAUAAGCCGCUUCAGCCAAACAUAAUGUCGCCAUUGCAAAAUGUGCCACAGACUCAAAUGUACGAUCCUAUUAGAUCCCAACCUAUUUCACAAAUGCAGACAUAUGGGAACGAAAAUACAUAUCAAUUACCGUCACAACCAUCUGGAUGGAACGAUCCACCUAUUGCGAAAAGUUCCAGAACACAG